AUGGCGCCUUUCAUUGCGCAAAUCGCCGAACUAGCAAAGCGCCGGGACGGCUGUGGGAGCGGCGGUUAUCGUGAUUACGACGGUGAUUGUCGCUAUUAUUCAUCAUGGUACUGGUGGGGACGCUGGGUCUUCGCCGGGUUGGCCGUUCUCUUCAUACUCCUCGUCUUCGCCGGUCUUUUCCGUAACUCGCGCCGUCGUAGAAGACAAGGCGUUCAACCGAUGUACGGAACGGGUUGGAUGGCGCCUGCGCCACCUCCUUACUACCCUCCGCCACCGCAAUACUCGGCUCAAGAUCAAGGACCCCCAGGCGGUUACAAAUAUGGCUCGGGCGAUGGGUAUUACGCCGGCAACCAAGAGGGCAUUCAACUGCAGCAACCGCAGAGUGCGUACCACCGCGGUCCCGAACCCGAAUAUGCGCCACCCCCGGGACCUCCGCCGACCACCAACACCAAAUAA